AUGGUGACGACUAGGCGAAGCAGCAUUGCUUUCCAACCCGCUGCGGCAUCGGGCGGACUGCUGUCCGUGGAAGAGUACGAGUCCCGUCGAGAUGUUUGCACCGAAGAAGAAGUCGGCAGUCCGCCCUCUAUCGUUACCCCUGUCACGCCACCCACCGCCGCACCAUCUCAAGUUGCAAAACGAACCGCGGCCAACGUCAGCGCGGUGCUGCUGCGCAAGGUGGCCCUGCUGGAGGAAGGGGCGGUGCGCGCGGCGGCCGGGCACGAGGCCGCGCUGCGCGCGCUGCGUGGCGAGCUGGAGCGCGAGCGGACGCUGGCGGCGCAGAGGGCCGACGCGCUGGCCAGGCUGCAGCUGGCCGCCGCGGUGGCCAGGGAGAAUGUGGCCGCGCAGGACGAGAUCGCUCAGGCUCGGCUGGCGGGCCUGCCCAAUGCUCACUCCCUCCCCGCCCCACCCCUUUCCCCAGCGACGGCGCGCUUCAAGAGCUGGCUGGCCUCCUCCCCAGACCCGGUGCCCUCGGGCCCCGCUGACGAGGACCCCGCGCCGUGGCUGGCGGGCGUGGCGGCGCGCCGCGAGCUGGCCUGCCUGGAGGCGCAGGUGGAGCAGCUGACCGCGGGGCUGACGCACGCGCGCGGCCAGAAGGCGGGCCUGGAGGCGGAGCUGGCUGCGGCUCGGCGCGGGGCGUCCCACCUGGAGCUGCUCCUGGACGCCGCGGAGGGGGAGAAGGAGGCGCUGGGCGAGGCGCUGGGCGAGGCGCGCGCCGAGGCCGCGCGCCUGGUGGCCGCGGGCCAGGCGCUGGUCAAGGCCGAGUCUGCCAUCGGCGCCGCGCACCGCGCCGCGGACGACGAGGCUGAGUGGGGCUUGGGACGCGACGGCGGGGAGGUCGAGGAUGUGGCCUGCGCCGACGCCGACGCCAGCAUGUGCACCCCGCCGCCGCACCGCGGCGCCGCCCAGGCCGGUUUCGAGGAGGACCUGCGCCGCGCGGUGCACGAGAAGGUGGCCGCGCUGGAGAUGCUGGCCAGCGCCGAAAAGCGCAUGCUGCUGCUGACGGAGGAGGUGGAGGCCGCGCACGCAGCUUUCGACGCCGUCAUGGCGGCCAAGCUGGCAGAGUCGACGGGGCAGGCCAGCCGGCGAAGCGCGGCGCUGAGCGAGCUGGACGCGGCGUUGGCGGGCAAGCGUGGCGCGCUGGACGCGGUGGCCGCCGCCGCGGGGGAGCUGGAGGGCGCGGAGCGGGCGCUGGCGCAGGGCCUGGGCGCAGGCUGGUCUGGCUCCGGCAAAGUGCGCCACGCUUUCGAGUGCCGAACGAUGGUCUGA